GGAGGACUUAUGUGUCUUCUGUCUAUGAGCUGUUCCCUGUACGCUUUGGGUUGGGUGUUCUGUCGCUUUCUGUUUUCCUUGUUUUUUCCCCUAUAGAGAUAUCCACAAUGUUGAAAUGGACACUUCUAAGGAUGAUGUUAUUGCUCUGGAUGACAAGAGUAACACUUCAGGGUGGCACAGGGUACCAACCUCAAAAUCCAAAUGGCGGCACAGGACAAAUGUCACCGGGAGGUUAUCCUGCAAACAAGGGUACAGGUGCUUAUGGAAGUGCACAAAAUAAGCCUGGAUACGGAGGUCGUCCCCCAUAUGGUGGAACAGGCAUGGGAACAAUGAACCAACAUGCAUUGAAGCAGAGGGGAGGUUAUGGGAAUGGGAAUGGCUACAGAGCUCCGUCUUAUGGGGGCUACAGCAAUUUAAUGGGCACUCAUCCCCAAAAAGGAGUUGGUCUAGGUUAUGGCACUGGAUCUUUAGCUGCUAAGGGACAAGGCUCAAUUCCUAGAGGCUCUUCUCUUCAAUAUACAGGGUAUCCCAAUGGUGGAACCAAGGGACCUAAACCAGGAUAUGGAGGAUAUCCUAAUGGAGGUGCAGCAAACCAACCUAAUACAGGUUCUUCACUUCAAAAUAUGGGUUACCCCAAUGGUGGAACCAAGGGACCUAGAUCAGGAUAUGGAGGAUAUCUUAACGGAGGUGCAGCUAAUACAGGUUCUUCACUUCCAAAUAUGGGUUACUCUAAGGGUGGAACCAAGGGACCUAAACCAGGAUAUGGUGCUAAAGCGGGACCCUCAAAUGGACAAGGAGCCAAGCCUAAUGGUUCUUCACUUCAAAAUAUGGGUUACCCCAAUGGUGGAACCAAGGGACCUAAACCAGGAUAUGGUGCUAAAGCUGGACCCUCACAUGGACAAGGAGCCAAGCCUAAUGGAUAUGGAGGAUAUCCUAAUGGAGGUGCAGCUAACCAACCUAAUACAGGCUCUUCUCUUCAAAACAUGGGGUAUCCCAAUAGUGGAACCAAGGGACCUAAACCAGGAUAUGGUGCUAAAGCUGGACCCUCAAAUGGACAAGGAGCCAAGCCUAAUGGAUAUGGAGGAUAUCCUAAUGGAGGUGCAGCAAACCAGCCUAAUACAGGGUCUUCACUUCAAAAUAUGGGGUAUCCCAACGGUGGAACCAAGGGACCUAAACCAGGAUAUAGUGCUAAAGCUGGACCCUCAAAUGGACAAGGAGCAAAGCCUAAUGGUUAUGGUGUUCCUGGCUAUAUGUCAAAAGGACCUUAUAAAGCAGCUAAUUCAGGUUACAGGCCUCUAAUAACUGGAAAAGAGGGUGUUUUCAGUGGAAAGGGACCUAAAGGGGAGAUUUUAAGCCCUGAAGAAGCAAGUCAUCUCCCAGUUACAUCGAACACCAAGGGGUUUUUACCACUAUCGGGACGUGAGCCAAAUACAGGAUUACUUCCAGAACAAACUAAAGACCUUCCACCAGUUCUGCAACAAACAAAAGGACAAAAUCUUCAUCCACAGGCAAAGUCCCCCAACUCUAUGGCACCUCAGCCUGCUCCAAAGCCAUUUAUGCAAGGUCCAGGUUCUUAUAAACCUGGUAAAGCUUAUAAACAACCCACACCUGUAUUUCCACAAAACAAAGCUCCAAAACCAGUUUCACCAGUAGUCCCUCAAGAAAUUCCCGUACCAGAAUCAGCUCCCAUUCCUCAAGAGAAUUCUCCUCAAACAUCACAGACAGUUGCACUAGAGCAGGAACAAGUCCUUUCACAGGAACAAAACAUAAGUCCAGUGGUGCCACAACCAAUUACGCCACAAGCCAGUAUUUCUUCACAGGGUCCUUUAGUGCAAAAAUCAGUUCAAUCAACUCCAUUGAUGCAACAAACCAAGAUUCAGUCAAACCAGGCUUUUCCUCAAAUGAAGAAUCCAACAACAAAAAAUCCUGAGCUCACUGGUCUUGGACAACCAAAUGGACAGGUGCUGGGAGCUAUACCUUCAAAGCCUGAUUGUGGACCUGGAGGACAACCUAAUGGACAAUGGGUCAAACUUCCAAGUCCUGGGUCAGGGUAUACAAAUGGAAAAGGAGCAGUGUCAUCACAACCAGGCUUUGGAGCAGGAAUGGGUGGUUAUCCAGCUCAUGGCAUGAACAAUGGCUACAAAGCAGGUUAUGGAGGCUAUGGAAACAAAUUCAAAAAGCCAGCUGGACCACAAGGUGAGCAACCAACAGGAUUUAAGGGAAAAUUUCAAGCGAAAUAUGGAAUUGGUGGUCUUCCAUUUGGUGGUUCCCCCAGUGGAUAUCAAACAAACCCUUCUGGACAAUAUGGUAAUGAUGGUCAGCGCUAUGGAGCAAAACCCUACAAUCCUAAAGCAUUGGGAAAAUAUGGACAAGGUAGUUUACCGUACAACUCUCAAACUUUUCUUCCUGAAACUGUUGCCAAAUCCCCUGGUAAAUAUGAUUUUGGAGGGUUACCCUACAAUGGUCAGCCACUUGGAUAUGGUAGUGACAAAUCCUUUGGCAAAUAUGGUUCUCCAGAAUCUCUGUACAAUCCAGAAACUGUCAGUCUCGGUGGUGAUGCCAAAUCAGCUAAAUAUGGUAAUCCAUCAGUGUCAUACGAACUCCUCGGCCCAGUGACUGAUGGCCAGUCUGUUGAUGAAAACAGAAGCCUGGAGGCUUUGCAUCAAGGUCCUGAGAUCGAUGGACAGCAAUCCAUUGACCAUUAUGGAGAUGGAGAGAUUCCACCCCAUCCUGAUCCUCUAGGAGCUGAAGAAGCAAAUGUACAAUCCAUAGAGAAAUAUGGAACGGGGGAUUAUACAGAUGGAAGAGUACAACCAGAAGUUGUCUCUUUCCCUGGUGUUCCCACUGUGGGCCCCGCUCCUCACAUCCCAGCUGUCACCUCACUAGACAGCACCCUUUCACUGGACGGCUCCUCCUCGGUCCCCGUCACUGUUCCCGAGGUGCCUGUCUCACCCAUCGUCCCUCAGCCUGAGCUGCCCGCUCUAAUGCUGCAGCCCGCACCACCACAACAGAUCCACAUCCAGCAGCACCUCAAGUUCCAUAUCCACCCACAUGACGACUCUCAGACAGGAAAGGAAGGCAAAUACAAAUUGAAUGGAUUCUUUGGAAAUAAAUACCAAGGAUAAUUUUGAAGUGGAAGUUCAUGCUGCAAGAAUGUGUAUUUUCACUUGAUUUCUCUUUUUUUUACACAAUGUUUCUGUGAAUGUUGUACAUUUUCUGUCAUUUUAUUUGAGGCCUUUGUUCUCCUUAGCCUCUAGUUUUGUAUUUUAAUGUAUUUUUAAUAUUUGGUACCUUGCCAUAAAAAUAAACAGCUGCUUGUACAAAUGAAGACAUUUUAGAUUAAAUAUAAUUAUAUCUGAUGCAUCUUUUUUUCUUUUCUUUGUUUUUAAAUUCUUUAAUUCCUUGUAUUUUUUUUUUUAUGUAGUUGUUUUUUUUUUUUUUUUUUUUAGAAGCCAUUGUUAUUUAUUACUUUUUAAUUUCUUGUGGUAAGGCUAUGUAUGGUUUUGAAUAAAUACAGAUAAACUCUAAAUCCAACCUUCAUUUAAAUCUUUCAUUUAAAUCCAGUUUUCCCUAUACUUAUACUUAUACCUAUUCCCUAUACUUCAAAAAAUCCCAGGAUUAUAUUGACAGUUUCUGAAAUAAAUGUUAGUAAUAAGAAUUAAAAAGCAGAUGUGUCGAAGUCUAUCAGCAGGCUAGUGUUUGUACUUAAGGAACUGUAAUCUUCCAUGAGCUGACCUCUGCUGAGCCUGACUGCUGCCUGCUGAUUGGCUACACACUAAGUAGCA